AUGGCAAUAGGAAUCUUUGGAUUGAUCCCAAGCUCAUCACCAGACGAGCUAAGGAAGAUUCUUCACACACUUUCAACAAAAUGGGGAGACGUGAUUGAGGAUCUUGAAAGUCUUGAAGUGAAGCCGAUGAAAGGAGCGAUGACUAAUGAAGUGUUCAUGGUGAGUUGGCCUAGAAAAGAAACGAAUCUCCGAUGUAGGAAACUUCUUGUUCGUGUCUAUGGUGAAGGCGUUGAGCUUUUCUUUGACAGAGAGGACGAGGUUCGGACUUUCGAGUUCGUGGCCCGCCAUGGCCACGGUCCAAGACUCCUUGGCCGUUUCGCCGGCGGUAGAGUCGAGGAGUUUAUCCAUGCCCGGACACUAUCAGCAACCGAUCUUCGUGAUCGGAACAUAUCAGCUUUAGUGGCUACUAAGCUAAGAAAAUUUCACAGCAUAAACAUUCCUGGAGAUCAAACUGUUCAUAUCUGGGACAGGAUGAGGACAUGGGUAGGACAAGCCAAGAAUCUGUGUUCAGCUGAAGAUUCCAGAGAGUUUGGUCUAGACAACAUUGAAGAUGAAAUCAACUUGCUAGAACAAGAAGUGAACAAUGAGUAUCACCUACAAGAAAUUGGGUUUUGUCACAAUGAUUUGCAGUAUGGUAAUAUCAUGCUUGAUGAAGACACCAAUGCCAUUACUAUUAUUGAUUAUGAGUAUGCAAGUUACAAUCCAGUUGCUUAUGACAUAGCAAACCACUUCUGUGAGAUGGUAGCAAAUUACCAUUCUGACACUCCUCAUACCUUGGACUACACUCUCUAUCCAGGAGAAGAAGAAAGGAGGAGAUUCAUCUGCAACUACAUCACAUCUUCAGAUGAAGAACCAAGAGAGGAAGACAUAGAACAGCUUUUAGAUGAUGUCGAGAAGUAUACAUUGGCGAGCCAUCUCUUCUGGGGUUUAUGGGGAAUCAUAUCUGGCUAUGUGAACAAGAUUGACUUCGAUUAUCUCGAGUAUUCAAGGCAGAGAUUCAAACAGUAUUGGCUUCGAAAGCCCCAACUUUUACCUUUCUACCCAUCCCAUAAGUAA